GGGGAAUGUGCGUCGUGGGCCGACUUCUAACGGAACUGUGCCGACAUUGUGUGACAGCCGGCACCGAGAUUCGAACCCUCCCAGACAUCAAGAAGCACUUCAGCGUCCAAUCUCUCUUCGUGGAUGACGGUCACUGCGUGUGUGAGGAAGAGGAAGCGAGGAAACUUUUUGCAUUCCAUAUCCAGUAUGGCGAUGUCGUUUCUUGUUUUGGCUCUGCUCUUUGGAUUAUCCGCUGCAGGACCACGACGAGGCUGUGAUGGGCUAUGGAGGAAGAUCGACCAUUGCAGAGGCAACGACGUCACAAUCGAAAAAAUCAUGACGAAAUACGACGAAGUCCCUGCAGUGCGCAAAUCAAUGCAGAGGUGCAUUGCCAUCAUGACAGCCCCACGGUACAGAAACAGGACCGACCUCGAUGAACACGUCUGUACCAGCAGGAGCAUGUACCUUGAUGCCGCUGACUGCCUUGUGGACGUCGUCGAUGAUGUUAAGAACCUCGUGGAAGAUCUCGGAAAUGGUGACAAACGGCGCGUGAAAAGAUUUAAGGAAUGCGCCUUGAGGGUUCAUCCGGGACCACGUUACUACUGAAAGACUUGUUGACGCACAAUUGUUUUAUAAAUAAAUAAAUAACUAAAUAAAGUAA